GCCCCCGCGAAGGAAGGAACGAGGGACUCUCCCAACAUGCGGUCCUGAGAGGGAAGGUAGAUAAGAAGCCCGUCUUAUACCCUCUCUCUCUCCCUCCCUCCUUCCCUGAGGCAGGUUGACGAUAACUUGGUUUUAUCUUCACCCUUGGACCGUCUUCUACAGACCGACCCCAACCACCUAGACAAAUUCCACCUUUGAGCCGCCAGAAUGAGGUAUACCAAGGUCUGCUUGCUUCUUCUCGGCUUAGCAGCCAGGGCGGCCCUCGCGGAGAUCACCUACACGGUUACUGCCAUACACAAGGGGAAGCCCGUCAAGCCCUCGGACAUCGUCCUGGAACGAAUCGAACCGGGGCGACACCAACUCACCACGGCAGCCAGACAGCCAAAGCCGAAAUCCAGAGGCGGGAACGCAAGAAGAUCCAACCCUACGGUCUACAGCACGAACUGGUGCGGUGCCGUCCAGCACAGCCCCUCGACCAACCCCAUCACCAGCGUCCACGGCUUUUUCCAAGUCCCGACCCUAUCCCAGCGCGCAGGGGUCACCUCUUUCCCUCAAUACGUAGCCCCUUGGAUCGGUAUCGACGGCGCCACGUGGAGCACGGCCCUACUCCAGUCGGGAACGACCAGUUCUAUCAAUUCAGCCGGGGUCCAGACCAACUGGGCAUGGCUCGAAUGGGUUCCGGAUGCCGCUUAUACCAUACCGAAUUUCCCUGUUGCAACGGGUGACUGGAUAGAAGUCCGGGUAUCGGCAUCAAGCUCAACCUCGGGACAGAUUUACAUUUACAACACGGACCAGGACUACAGCUACACGGUCACGCUGAGCAAUGGCAGCCCGCUCGGGCGCGUCGACGCCGACUGGGUCAUCGAGGACCCGGCCACGUCGUCGGGGCUCGUGCCCUUCGCCGCCUUCACCGAGACGUGGUUCGAGGAGGUCAGCGCGACAAGGAGCACCGGUACCGCUCUCGGCGUCGACGGCGCCACCCUGUACUACCUGACUGACAACAGGUGUGUGGCGACCGAGUAUGACAACGACAAUUUCUACGCCCAUUAGGCAUGGGCGGGAGUUGAUGGGUGAUUCCUCGGCGUUGUUUCUUCGAUAUUUUCUUUAUUUUCCUACUUGCUUUGCCUACUUCUUCAUAUGGGGGUCGAUCCGAUUAUCUCAAUUUUCUUCAUUUCUUCACGUUAACUGCAACCUGGUCAGGGACGGAAAGGGGCACGCGAGUCAUGAAUGAACAGCA